AGUUUACAAUACACCAGUUUAGUUUCUCUUCAUGACUGCUGGUGAGGGCAGCGAGCUCUCCGGGGAUUUUAGUUUGCUCCGAGUCUUUUAGUAAAUAAACAAGCAUUAUGAAGAUGGACGGGACCAAUCACACUCUGUUUGAUCCGAGAUGCAGGGAACAAGCUCCUUUGGCAAUCGAUGUUCUUAUGCAGUUGGACAUAUUUGGUAUAGUUCUCUACUCUGUCCUGACCUUCAUGGCCACGGUGUCCAUGCUGAUCUUCAUUGAAGAAUGCAUCUAUAUCUAUAAGAAAGUGCCUCCAAAUAAAAAAACUGUAAUCAUCUGGGUAACUGGAGCGGCACCGGUCAUUGGCACUAUGUCUUGUUUGGGCAUGUGGAUUCCAAAGGCCACGAUGUUCUGCGACAUGACGUCAGCCACAUAUUUUGCAAUUGUGAUCUUCAAGUUCCUGAUUCUCAUGAUUGAAGAGGUCGGAGGGGAUGAAUCGUUUCUGAGGCGCUCUGAGAAAAAAACAUUGAAGAUCAGCACAGGACCCUGCUGCUGUUGCUGCCUGUGCUUGCCAAACGCUUCCAUCACACCGCGAAAUCUGUUCAUGUUGAAAUUGGGGUCCUUCCAGUUUGCUCUGUUAAAACUGGCCUUGACCAUCCUUUCCGUUGUGCUAUGGACAAAUGGCAACUUCGAUCCAGCUGAUGUGGCUAUGAACGGUGGAGCCAUAUGGAUAAACUCAUUUAUCGGAUUUCUCACUAUUACAGCACUGUGGCCUGUUUCUAUCAUUUAUAUCCACUUGAAAGAGUCAUUACGUGUCCUUAAAAUCGUCCCUAAAUAUGCCAUGUAUCAGAUGGUGCUGAUUCUCAGUCAGUUGCAGACGGCCAUCAUCAACAUACUGGCAAUGAACGGCACUAUUGCCUGCGCGCCACCCUAUACUUCCCAGGCCCGUGGAUACUUAAUGAGUCAACAACUGUUGAUCGUGGAGAUGUUCAUCAUCACGUUAGUGACCCGCCUUUUAUACAGACGUCAGUACGACCCAUUACCAGAAGAGGAUGGUGAGGAGGGGAUAAAGAAAACCUUAACCUCAAAAAAUGCUGUGGAGAAUGCAUGAGAAGAACAGACUGUUGAGUGUGUGAAUGUGUGUUUUCUUUAUAUGGAUGUGUGUUGUUGUAUCUGUGCCAAACUUAUUUGUAUUGACGUUACUGUACGUAAGUGGAUUACAGAAUGAAUUUUAUUGUAAAGUCAGAGACUUCUUAAAGCAGAAAUGAUCAAUUUUGUAUAAAACGCACUACAACAUCCCAGCAGAAUGACAAGAAUUUUAGUUGAAAGGACAACAAAGCCUUGAUAAAUCCUGACUCAUGGUUCUGAUAAACUGAGAUAAUGUCAUGUAUAUGGCUUAAUGAUAUAGGCAUAAUGACUUUUGGAAUUGUUAAAAGGUCAGAUAGGAUUUAUUUGUGUUAUUUUGUAUGUAUAUUGUCCAUUUUUUCCAACAAUGAUGUAAGAGGCAACACAAUAGAUUACUUAUUUUCAUGCUUACGCUAAAAUAUCUUGUUUUAUUGCUUCUAUGCCAGCUAGAUUAAACUAAACUCUUUUUGGACUGGCACACAUUUUUCUUCAGGACUUUUUGACUUUCCGCAAUACACUGAUGGGGUUGUUUUGGAAAUGGGGUGAGCAUAAACAUUCCCAGACACAGGAAAUUUAACAUGGAAAAUGUCGUAACUACACACAGGUGGAAUGAUUAUGUGUCUUGGCCUUGGCAAAGAGAGUCAGUUACAUAAGGUGUUUAGAAUGUGCAUGAAAGAUGCAUUGAAUUAUUUUCCGUUUGAUUGGUGAAAUGGCAACAUUUUUCAAUUUGACAUAGCGUGGUGAUGAACAGAUUUGAAAAAUAUUCAAUAGUGGGCUAAGGUGUUGUUUCGCCUUUUGUUUAAAUGUUUUAUUUAAGGUGCAUUACAUUUGUUGGGUAUUUCAUGCAUGUUGCAUGUUGAAGCUCAGCUUUGAGAAGGUCCAGGAGAAUGACUACAUAAGAUCACCACAGAAGAGAACCAACAAAUAUUAAUAACUGGUAAAAAAGGAGAAUUGUAGGCAAUGUAUCCUUUAUUUCCUAUAUGAGUUUUUGGUACAGUAUAUCCAUAACAUCACCAAAUGACAAUGCUGUCAAACAUCUGGAAUCAACUAUUAAAA